AUGACUGAACUAAAGCAAGAGACAAUCAUUAGUGAUCUUGAGUUUGAGGAAUAUAAAUCCAAGUAUUACAAGCAGCUAAGAGAACAUAAGGUCAAAGUGUUGUCUUCAGAAAAUACUUUUAAAUGUCCUCAUUGUUUUGAGAGUAAAGAAUACUCUUACAAGGACCUCUGUAGACAUGCAUGUAUAAUCGCAAGAGAAUCAAGAAGUGCUGAUUUGAAAGAAAAGGCCAAACAUAUGGCACUAGAGGAGUAUUUGGAGAGGUAUUUUGAUUCUAAAUUUAAGGAUUCAGAGUCAAGUAGUAAAAGCAAUGAUUUAGAGGAGAAUAGUGACAAAAUUAUGAGGGGCAAUAGUAAGGAAGAGUUGGUUGUUUGGCCUUGGAUGGCUGUGGUAGCCAACAUACCAGUUGAAUACGAGGAUGAUAGUUAUUUAUAUGAUGGUUUUUUGGGUGAUAUGGCUAAAAAUCUAAAGGAUGAGUGGAUAAAACAAGGCUACAAACCUCUAAAAGUCUAUCCUUUGUGGAGCUGGUUUGGUUACUCAGGAUUUGCUUUGGUGAAGUUUGGAAAAGAAUUGGAAGAUUUUAAUAAUGCAAUGAGGUUUGUGAAUGAUUUUGAGGUGAAGAAACAUGGGAGGAAAGAUUGGAAUGAUAGCAACAAGUGUAAAGAUGAUAAGCUCUAUGCUUGGAUUGCAAGGGAUGAAGAUUAUUUCUCAAAUGAUCAUGUUGGUGAUUUUCUUAGAAAGAAUUGGGCUUUGAAGACUCUUUCUGAAAUCGAAAAAGAAAUUGAAAUAAAAAGCCCAAAACUUGUUAUGGAGUUGGAAAGUCUCCUAGAUGACAUGAGCAAAAAAAGUAGAGAAAUUCAGUGUCAAGUAAGCAUGGCAAAUUCUCAUAUAGCUUCUGUGAUGAAACAAAACGAUAUGCUUAUUGAGAACUAUAAUAAAGAUCUCAAAAAAAUGAAAGAGAGAGCCAACAAGAUGAUUGAGCAUCUACAAAUGAAAUUGCAACAUGAAGAUGGUGAAAAGAAAAUGAAUAAAUUGGCAAUGUUGGAGCAGAAGAAAGCAUAUGAUAGAUUGUGGAAGUUGGCAUCUGAUGAGAAGAGAGAUAAUGAGAAGCUUCAGAACAAAAUCAUGGAGCUUGAGAUUAAGAUUGAUGAUGAUAAGGAAGUAGAGAUGAAGCAAAUGGAAGUGAUGAAGAAUUUGAGUGAUGAGAAUAUGGAAUUAAAAAAGAAAAUUGAGUGGAUUGAAAAAGAUGUGAAGGAAAAAGAAAAGGAAAUAGAGGAGUUGAAAGGGCUAAAUCAAGCCUUAUUAGUAAAGGAAAAAUUGAUCAAUGAUGAAUUGGAGGAUGCUUGUAAAGUGUUCAUUUCUGGUAUGAGAGAAAUUUUUGAUCCUCCUGCACAGAAGAAAGAACAGAAAUGCAACCUUAAAAGAGGCUGUUGA